AUGGCUCCGGCGGGCAGCGCGGUGCUGGCGCUCGUGCCAUCGACAAUUCCGUCGACCAAGCCGGGCGCGCCCUCCAUGGACCUCUUCCCGACGACGUGCGCCAUCUGCCUCGAUGCGAUCCAAGGGCCAAUGCUGCGCAAGCUGUGCUCCGAGACGUGCAUGGGCAUGGUCUGCGCCGCAUGCUUCCAGCGGUACAUUGAGGUUCACAUCGCGUCGAUUCUCCACGGCGUCGUCUCGACGCUCAAAUGCCCGAUCUGCAUCGUGCCAAUGAACCUCUUCCGCGUGCUCGACAGCGUCGGCGAGGACGCCGUCGGAUCGAUCCGCGACUCGGUCGAAGCGUCGUGCGAGAUUCGGUGCCCGAUCUGCGACGAUACCUACGUGCUUUUGCCCGACGUACACAGCGAGACGAUCGAGCACUUGGCCACGAUCGCGUCCGAGCAACAGCUCGUGGCGCUCUUCCCGAGUACGUUGCAGCCGUUCGUUCUGCCGUUGGUGGCCUAUUGCAGCUACCGCCUCUCGGCGCCGGCCUUUUUCGCCGUCGUGCAAGCACAAGAUGCGAUGCCCCUCGACGUGCUGCUGUCCGCGCUUCUCGCACGCAUCUUUGACCCACAGCGGCGCGCCUGCCUCUUCCUCGCGUGGCGACAGAAGGACCCGUUCACCGUCACGUCGUGCUGCCACCACCCCGUGUGCUUUCUGUGCAAGACUGCGGGGCAUCACAAGGGCAUCUCGUGUCGCAAGAACGCGGCCAAGACCGUCGACAUGGCGCAAUGCCCGCAAUGCUUUUUGUACCUGGUCAAGGGCGACGGCUGCGACUCGAUGCUCUGCUUUUGCGGUACCUCGUUCAACUGGCUCGACGAAGUCGAUGCGCUGCGCCGUCGCACACUUCUUACACCUCCAAUCAUCGCCAGCUUUCGGCGCGUUCUCACCUUCUUGCUUGGCUGCGUGCACCGCCGGCGCAUGCGCUGCCUCGUGCUGCCGCAGCUGACGGCUUGCGUUCUCGCAACCAAGGUCGCUCGCAUCCAGCACCGUCUCGCGCAGCCAGCGACGUGGCCGGUACGCCAGAAACUACUGCAGUACGUCUACCGCCGACGCUACAGCCGCAGCGUGCUCGGCCGCCUCCCCGCGCUCGUCAAUGGCUGGCGCCAAGAGCACUUGCGCCGCCUCUUUUCGUCGACGAUUGUACCGUCCAUCCUUCAUACCAUAGCUUCCGCCCGGCACGAACGCAUCCGCGCGGUCUUGCGCACAUCGCGGCUGCUUCAGCGCACCUUGAAGCGUCUUCUAUCAGCAUUUCGCAGAGUUUGCUUUAUGCGGGCGCUACAGCCCGUGCUCGAGCAAGUGCCGGCUGCUGUCGCGGCCAAGCGGCGAGCACAGCUGAGUGCGGCGUUGCCGCGCUGGGGCCCUUUCAAGGCACUGGUGCUGCGCUGUGUUGGCGCGUGA